AUGCUGCUAGCUAACAGCAAUGGUCAUAGAGGACGUGGACGUGGAAGUCGAGGAGGUGGCAGGGGAGGUAGGUCCCGUAGUCAUGGUGGCAAGGUUCCUAGAGGUAUUAGCAGCUCUUCCAGAUUUCAGUUCAGGGAUGACAACAAUAUUUCAUAUGAGAAAGGCCCUCGGAAGAUUACGAAGAAUACCCGUGGGCGGGGGCGGGGGUGCGGCCGUGGGCGUGGCCGUGGUCGCGGCCGCGGACUUCGAACAGUUAGACCUCGCCACCCAUCUGAGCUCGGCACUAGAUCAAUUCCAAAGGCAAACUUAUUGGGCAGCUUUAGCAUGUUAAGUAAGGCAAACCGUUCUGGAACGGUGCAUUCUCUUGAGAGCUCGGGUGCAGAAGGAUGGACCUUGGAGAGAAGGGAAUAUGUUGAAGAUGAUGAAAACAAUUCGGUAUCUCAAUCCGAUGAAUCAGAAGAAAAUGAGAUUGGUGUGCCCAUGAUUGAGGAAUAUGAUGAGCAACAGAUCCCAGGUUAUCGAAGGGACAAUUCAGAGUCCAGCCCCCUACAGAUGAUGGAUGAUGGAAGCGAGGAUAAUGAUGAUGAUGCUGAAGGAGAUGAAGAGGGUGAUGAUGGAGAGAACUAUAAAGCAAAAGACGCUGUUGGUGACAAUGACAAUGAUAUCAAUAUGGGAGGGGACGGUGAUGACGAUGAUGACGAUAAUGGUGGAGAUGGAGUGGCAAAUGCAGAUGUGGAUGAAGGUGGUACUUCAUAUUCUUUAGAGUACAGCGAAUGA